GUGUAAUUCAAAUGUAGUGUCAAUUUUCAGCUGACGUGUUAUGAUAACAGAUUUUGUGGUUAUGGUACCUUAAUUGCCAAACCCCCAUGAGAUGUGCGACAUAUACAAAAACAUUUGUUGACGCAUUUAAAGUCUGAUACUUCCAUUGACGGAACUAGUAUAGUGCAUGAGACAUAAAAUCGAUUCUUCUAUAUAAAUUUGGAGGGUGACUGUUUUUAGUAGUUUGACUCACUUUUUAGUAGUUUUUUUCCUAUACCUCGAUAUAUUAACGUAAACUUGUCAAAUAAGUGUCAGUCAGUAUAGUCACGAUGACUUUUGAAGUGUAAAAAUUUUUAGCGAUGUAUCAAAUAUGCAGGAAAACUUUUGUUUAAUUUCUUCGUACAGCAGAUCGCCUACAUAUCGUCACUGUUCCAUGAAUACAAAGAAAAAUAAACAUUUUUCAACUCAAACGAGUUCAGAAUUACCAUAUCAAAGCAAUGUUAGUUUGGACGAAGAAAAUGUGUUAACGUACAAGUCAGCAAUAAACUACAUCAACAAAUAUCACGAGCUUAUGAACAAUAUUUUAAGUGAAACCCGGGCCAAGUGUGACAUAGAAGAUUUUAAAUUCAAAUUUCCCGAAAUACCUAAUUACGCCAACUUACUUCCCUGCAUUGUCCGCUGGAUGUGUCCUGUAAAAGAUAAUUUGAUUCAAGAAACGAAAAAAUCCUAUUCCGUUAUAGAUAUCUUGCCGGAAUUGAAAUUGUUAUCGCGAAAGUUUUCCAGUGAACUGAAUAUGAUUGAUUAUGAGGCGGAACUCACUAAAUUGCUCCAAAAUAAAAGCACCAAUUCAGUUGUACGAAAUGUUUCUCCAAAAUAUAAAAUUUCUAGUAAAUCAGAAAAAUUCCAAACAUGCCGUCUUUCAGUCGAAGCUGAUAAAAAUUUGGAAGCUAAAACAAAAACUUUUAACAUAUUUAGUAAAAAUCGAACAAUCAGCGUUGACACACAAGUGUCCAGAAAAAAGGUGAAGUUGGUAAAAUCGUGUUUUAAUAUAGUCAAUAUUGCGCCAUACAGAAAUUUGAUGAAUUAUUUACAAACUAAUAAUGUUAACAAAAGUUACAUUUUUAACGAAGAAAAAGUUCACGAUAAAAAUAUUAUACCGAUCGACGACUCUGUUAAUGUGAAACCAACAACUCUCAAAAGAGUUAAAAAAAUGUUUGAUGUGAUUUCCAAAGAAGGAAAUAAUAUAAAAUCAGUAUCAAGUAAAGCAACUUCAAUCACAAAUAGGUCGGUUACGUAUGAAGAAACUUCAGAUACGGACAGCGUUAUUUUUGAUGAUGAACAAUUUGAACAAAUGCAUCAAAAUUCAAAAAGCAAACAAAUUAAAGGUCACGAAGAAAGGCAGGUGAACACGAACCCUUUUCAGUUGAAUAGUAAAGAACUCACGCACGUAAAUGGAGAAACUCUCAGUGCGAUUGGUCUAUUUACUGAUAGAGGAGACAUCAGACCAGACAUAAUGAAUAUUCUAAAAACGAAGAAAGAGCAGAAAUCGACAGAUAUGAGAAAUAAACAAUUCAGAACGAAGCGACAAUGGGACUUCCAGAUACAUUUGAAUCCAAGAAAUGAUUUUGGUGAUAGUGUAGCUUCGGUAUCUAGUGAUGUUUUAAGUUAUCCUUCAGAUUUAAAGUUGCACAUUGAUAAUGUUAAUAGUCAAUAUAGAGUUCUUUAGUGACGUCAAA